AUGAAGCACAUCGCCGCUUACCUCCUCCUCACCCUUGGUGGCAACGAGUCCCCCUCGGCCGACGACGUCAAGACCGUUCUCGAGUCUGUCGGUAUCGAGGUCGACAGCGACCGCCUCGAUAGCCUCAUUUCUGAGCUCGAGGGCAAGAACAUCAACGAGCUCAUCGCCGCUGGUUCUGAGAAGCUCGCUUCCGUUCCCUCUGGUGGUGCUGCUGCCCCCGCUGCUGGUGCCGCUGCCGCCGGUGGUGCCGCCGAGGAGACCAAGGCCGAGGAGAAGGAGGAGGAGAAGGAGGAGUCCGACGAUGACAUGGGCUUCGGUCUCUUUGACUAA